GAGAUCAAUUGGAGAAAACAAAUAUAUAUUCUUUCUUCCUUUUCUUUUUUUUUUUUGUAGGAAAACUUACAAGAAUUUUUUAUUUUUUUUUACAAAAAUGGUGAUUCAAAGGGUAGUAUCUCCACUUAAAAAUAAUAUUAUAAAUAAUAAUAAUAAUUUUAAUAUUAUUGAUGGGGGUGAGAAAUUAUUUGAUGUUGGUGCACCACCUCCAUUUAAAUUAGGUGAUAUUAGAAAUGCAAUUCCAAAACAUUGUUGGGUAAAAGAUACUUGGAAAUCUAUGAGUUAUGUUCUAAGAGAUAUUGUUAUUGUUUUUGGUUUGGUUGUUAUUGCUAUUUAUUUCAAUAAUUGGGCUUUUUGGCCUCUUUAUUGGAUUGCCCAAGGUACUAUGUUUUGGGCUCUUUUUGUUCUUGGUCAUGAUUGUGGACAUGGAAGCUUUUCGAACAAUCCCAAGCUUAAUAGUAUCGUUGGUCAUUUGCUUCACUCUUCAAUACUUGUUCCUUAUCAUGGAUGGAGGAUUAGUCACAAGACUCAUCAUCAAAACCACGGACAUGUUGAAAAAGAUGAAUCAUGGCACCCAUUAUCUGAAAAAAUAUAUAAGAGUUUGGACUAUUCUACAAAGAUAUUAAGGUUCACAUUUCCAUUUCCCUUGCUUGCAUACCCAGUUUAUCUGUGGAGUCGAAGUCCAGGAAAAUCAGGUUCACAUUUUCACCCAGAAAGUGAUUUAUUCACUCCAAAUGCAAAAAAGGAUAUUAUAAUUUCUACAAUUUGUUGGUCAGCAAUGGCCUUAUUUCUUUUGGGUUUGGCUUCUGUCAUUGGUCCAAUCCAACUUCUUAAGAUUUAUGGUGUCCCUUAUAUGAUUUUUAUCAUGUGGUUGGACUUCGUGACUUAUUUGCAUCACCACGGCCAUAGCCAAAAACUUCCUUGGUACCGCAGUGAGGAAUGGAGUUACCUUAGAGGAGGAUUAACCACACUUGAUCGAGAUUAUGGAUUAAUAAACAACAUUCACCAUGACAUUGGUACUCAUGUUAUUCACCAUCUUUUCCCACAAAUUCCACACUAUCAUUUAAUUGAAGCGACAGAAGCAGCAAAACCUGUUCUUGGGAAGUACUAUAGAGAACCAAAGAAAUCUGGACUCUUCCCCCUACACUUACUUGGUGUGCUCUUAAAUAGCUUGAAGAAAGAUCAUUAUGUUAGUGAUACUGGUAGUGUUGUUUACUAUGAAACAGAUCCAAAUAUGUAGUCCACAUUUUUUAAUUUAAUAGACAAUUUCAAUCUAUGUUAGUCGGAUUCGUAUACCCCGGAUACUUGUUCAAGUGUCAUAUUAGGUUAUUUUGUGAAAAAUUCCUAUGAUUUUGUACCAAAUUGAAGUGUUCUUAAGUGUCUUGAUUGUCCGAUAUGAAUACUUAAAGUAAAAUGAAGAUCUACCGAUGUGGGAUUCAAUAUCCACAAUAUGAUUCUUAAAUACAAUGAUAUUGAAUAUAUUAUAUUGUACUUCUAUUUUGUAUUGAUU